AUGCCAGGGGUGAAGCUCACGGUCCUCAGCAAGGAGUUGGCGAGGAAUCCAAAUUCCUAUCGCGAGUGGCGGAAGGAGAUUGAGAUCAUCGAGAAGAUUUACAAGGUGGCUCCAGCGGACCUCGGACCCUUGGUGUACCUCAGCCUGGAGAAGGGCGAUGGACAGCCAAGGGAGUUGGUCGAGACACUCGACCUAGACGUGCUCAGCAGCGAGGUCGGCCUGCGGAAGCUGAUGGAGAUUCUAGACGAGGAGUUCACCGAGAAGGACUACGAGCGCAGCGAGAAGCACCUCAGGGCGUUCGAGAAGUGCCGCAGAGGCGUUGGAGAAGAUGUCGACGACUACAUCGCGAGGUUGAAGACGGCCAGGCGCAAUCUUAAGGUACACGACCCUGGCACUACGUACUCCGACACCUCAUUCGCAAGAAAGCUCUUGCGGAGCUCAGGGCUAUCACGAGAAGCCCAGCGGCAGGUACUAGCAGCAGCAGGCGCGGAGUGGAACUCGGAGAAGAUCGAAGCGACGAUCAAGAUGGUCUAUGGAGAUGUUCACCUAGACGAGAAGCGGCGUGUGGACAAGAGGAACGAGCGCCCGAGCAAGCACACGCAGUAUCACGCCCUCGUGGCGGAAGAGGCGCCAGACAACCACCAGGAGGACGAGUACGAGUACGGCGAUCAGGACUCGGACGCCAUGGACGACGAAGAGGAGGUGGUGCUGGACGCGUUCUACCAGGGCUUCAAGGCGAAGAAGAAGCAGUUUGGCCGCGGCAAGGGACGCGGGAAGAACACCACGAGUGGCGGCCGGGGAAAGAAGUCCGGAGUGUGCAACGACUGCCUUCAGCCAGGCCACUGGAAGGGCGACCCAGAGUGCCCGAAGGUGAUCGCGGGGAUUACGUCUCCGUUCAAGCCUGGCGGCAAGGGCGACGGCAAGAAGGGUUCUUCCUCGGCGAACGUGGCAGCAACGAUGGCUACGGACAGUACGGCGCACAUGGAGUUCAAGUGGUUGAACGACGGAGCGGAAGAAUUGCCAUCUCCCCAUCCGGGACCGGUGGAUGCCUUCGUGCUGGGUUCGCAGAAGGUCAAGGCGGAGGUGAAGCAAGAGAGCGACAACCUUGGGCUGGAUCCCAGGAGGCCUCCGACACCGGGCUCAGAGUUCGAAGACGACUCCUUCGAGAAGGACUCAGACGAAUCCGAGGGGGUCUACAAGAGCUGGACCGAGGAGCAGCUCAGUGCGGAGUUGGCAAGGAGGAAGCACAAAUCGACAGGACCGCGGGAGGAGCUGGUCGGAAGACUCCUCCGAUCCAACCUGCACGCGACGUUCAUGGAUGAAGAAGCUGACGGAUGGCAGGACGUGGAAAAGAAACCCUCUGGAGCGGCUGGAAGUGCCGAUGGCGGCAAGCAGCCAAAGCCCUCAGCGCGGCCGAAGCCUAAACCGACAACAGCGGCUUCGAGGUUCCAGUCUGAGAGGAUCCACAUCAGCGGCGACGACGUACGCUCGUUGGUCGAUCGGUACAGGGCGCGGCUGGACGAGUUCGUGGUGGACUUCACGAACCGCGCGCGCGACCACCACACGGGGUACGUGACCGACUGCGAGCUGGAGGUGUUCAGGAUCCUGACGGCGAAGCAGCUGCAGGAUAUACUCUUGAUGCUCGAGCAGCCUUACAGCGGCUCAAAGCAGGAGAGGAUCGAUAGGCUGAUAUCGUUCAUCACCGACCAGGUGGAGAAUCCCUGCGAGCACAAGAAUGCGGGCUCCGGCGAGAUCCUGGACAACGUACGCUGGACAAGCACAUCUACCUGGACGUUCGCGAUCUGCAAGAACUGCAACCGAUGCGUCCAGCGGAUCCCGAAGACGAACUACGCGAAGGAAAUCAGGGACAAGGCGUACAGCCGCGAGGACAAGAAGGACGCGCUCGUGGUCAAUGACGUGUUGUGGGACGACAUCGGCACGACGGAGCUCAUCAACGAUAGCGGGUGCAGGCGCAGCGUCGCAGGUCACGAGUGGCACGACAACUUGCAGACCCACCUGAAGAGUUUGGGCCUCCAGCCGGUCAAGAAGGACAUCAAUGAGGAGUUCAGGUUCGGCGGCGGUGACGUGGCAGUCAGCACGGAGUCGUAUGUCUAUCCUGCUGGGAUAAAUGGCACACACGGAGUCAUUGAGGUGGCUCGAGUGGAAGGACGAACACCACCACUGCUAUCGCAGCAGGCGAUGCAGGAUCUAGGCGUGAUCGUAAAUUACCGCAAGAAGGUGAUGGACAUCGAGGAGGCUGGAGUGUUCAAGAAGCCGAUCAAACAAUCACGGUCGGGACAUUUCCUCGUAGACAUCGGAGAGUCUGGCAACCCGAACGAGUUCCCGGAGUGUUUCCAUAUCAAUGGCAAGAUGGACAUGACCCCACAGGAGGAGGCCGGCGAACUCGGGUUCAAGGACCUCUCGCGUGUUGGAGUCCUACAGCGAGGUAGGAAGAAGCGGUUGCAGAGGACCACGAGAGGAGUUGCGGAUGCGUUGGCUGCAGAGGCGAAGAGAUCCGUCCACAAGGACCCAACGACGGUGACGUCGAGAUCCAAGAGGUUGAAGUUCCUGGAGAUAUUCUCGUGGACGCUUGCUCUAUCGUGCGAGGCGGCGGCGCAAGGGUGGCAGGUCAUGCCGCCAAUUAGCAUCGAGACGGGCUUCGACCUCUACACACGUUCUGGGCGGGCACGAGCCUGGAGGGAGGUCGUCGACAACAAGCCGGACGUGGUGGCCAUGGCUUGGCCCUGUGACCCCUGGACGGUGAUGCACAACUACCAGGCACACCGCCCGGCGUUCCAGAAGGAGUUGCAGGUGCGACAACAGCAGUCCCGUGGAGCGUUGAGGUUCGUGAAGAGGGUGGCUGACUACCAACGCAAGCGCGGAGCCUACUUCUACGGCGAGAACCCGCUCACAAGCAAGGCCUUCCAGGAGGAGCCGAUAGUGGAGCUGCUGAAGUCGCACGGCACGACGGUGGUGGACAUGUGCGCGUUCGGGCUCCGACAUCCAGACUCGGAUUUACCUAUUAAGAAGCCAUCACGAAUCAUCAUGUCCACACAGACGAUGGCGGACAAGCUCGAACGACGGUGCCCAGGACACCGACAACACGCUAAGAUCGAAGGGCGAUUGGCUAAGCAAAACAUGAGGACGAGCACGUACGCCGGCGGCUACACGAAGGAGUUCGCCGAGGCCGUCAUCAGCGUGUUCAUGGAGGCGUUGGACAUAAGGUUCCGCCCGGACUCCGAGGGGCCCCACCUGAAGCCCCACCUGAAGUUCUACCUGAAGUUCUACCUGAAGUUCUACCGGAAGUACCCCCAGAAGAUCCUGAAGGACAACAACCACCAGAGCCUCAAGAGCAGCAAGUACCUCCGACGACAGCGGAAGAGGAAUCUGGGUCAUUGCGGCCGUGAAGCGCUACUACGAGUGAUGAGGUUAGGCGGAGCCUCCCAGCUGCACCUGGACUACGCGAAGGUAUGGCAGUGCGAGGUGUGCGCGAGACGAGCAGCUCCAGAGCGACGUCGAGUGGUGUCGAGCCGACAGAGACCCACGUCAUUUGGGAUCGCGGUCGGGGUGGACACCAAGGAGCUGAAGGACGCGAGUGGAGGCAAGUACCUGGCCCUGAAUUGCGUGGAUUUCGCGACGAAGUUCUCGUGCCUGAUCAUGCUGGAGAAUCCCUCCAGUGCAGAGGCAGCCAGGAUGUUCAUGACGAAGUGGUGCGCCUGGGCCGGAGUACCUAUUGUGUGUCACUCCGACAACGGCUCGGAGUUCAGGAAGGAUUUUGCAUCCUACGCGGAGUCGGUGGGAAUCACGAUGAGAGUGGUGCCCACGGAAAGUCCGUGGCAACACGGGCUGGUCGAGCGCCACGGGGCCGUCAGCAACGACAUCGUGCGCGCGAUUGUGGACGAGUGCACCAUCCAGGGCCCGGCCGAGAUGGAGUUAGCCAUAGCGGCGGCGAACAUCUGCAAGAACCGAAGAGUGGAUCCAUCAGGAUACAGCCCCAGGAUGAGAGUUUUCGGUUGUGGAGACAGGUUACCAGGCAGCGUGCUGGACAGCCUCCUCAGCGACGAACAGUACCCAGAGAUCGCCGUGCACGACGCGGUGCUCAAGGACUACCAGGUCCAGCGGUCGCAGAAGAUACGCGAGGCGGCUCAGGUCGCGCUGGCGAAGCUGGACAACAGUGACAAGUGGAGGAAGGCCAUCGUCCACAACUAUCGACCCACACCUUCGCCGUGGAUGCCCGGAGAGUGCGUGUUCUUCUGGCGAGCGGCAGGUACCUUCAAGCCGCAGGCACGAUCUACAAGACGAGCAGACCGUUGGCACGGUCCAGCAGUCAUCCUCGGCAGGGAGUGGGGACGCGAAGGCCAGAACGAAGCGUAUUGGCUGGUGUUCAACGGGAACCUCCUGCUGGUGGCACCACAACACAUCAGGUCGGCAACCCCAGAGGAGCGCUUGGCGAGCGAGGCCAUCGGCAGCAUCCUUGAGAACUACAACAUGGACCUGAGCGGGAUCUCGAGGGGUCAGCAUACGUUCGAGGACUUGAGACCGAGCUCGAUGGCACCAGUGGUGGAGGCGGUGUUCAACCAAGCCGUCGAGACCCCAGUCCCGGACCUGGACACGGAGACGCUGUACGCGAUGAACGACGUGUUCUCGCUGGAGCUCCGUCCCUUUCAGGCAGGCACCAAGGGGAAGGAGCUGGACUCGAGGAAGUUCACGAAGGCGGCGAAGGUCGACAAGUCGAGGAUCUUCAAGGUGCCGGCGCGCUUCGUGCAUACCCUCAAGGAGGGCCAGCCGAACAGCCGACUUGUGAUCCCGGGACAUCUCGACCCGGACAACCAGGGCAAGCUCGGCAUCAAGCAUGCGAAGCGCAUGGCGAUUUCGUCAGAAACGGCAGGUACACGGACAGAUGCACCAGUGGCGCCCAUGGUAGGGCUGAUGCUACUGCUGAACUUGGCGGCGCAUUUCGGCUGGGAUCUCGGGACGUUCGACAUCGGCUCGGCGUUCCUCACCGGCAAGACAAACACGAGACGGUUAUAUGUGAUGCCUCCCCGAGAAGGGCUACCUGGAGUUCCUGCUGGGAGCUUGGUGGAACUGCUCAAUGGUGUAUUCGGACUACGAGAGUCACCUCGCUUAUGGUGGGAAAGAUUCUCGGAGGUGUUGAUCCAGGCCGUAUUCCAGCCGCUCAAGACCAUGAAAGGAGUGUUUGUCAUUCGGAACGACAAAGGCAAGAUCGAGGCGGUCCUAUGUGUUCACGUGGACGACGGACUCUGGGGCGGUACAGGCGAGCGGUUCGCCAGAGCGAAGGAGAUCGUACGCGAGAAGCUCAACGUGACCAAGGAGAAGCAGGGUCAGUUCGAGUUCCUCGGCCGGCGCAUCAAUCAGCUGCCGGAUAAGUCCAUAGAGGUCGACCAGCACGAAUACAUCGAGAAGAUGGAGAAGAUCUUCGUGCCGGCAUCCAGGAGGAAGGACCCCGAGAGCAAGGCGACCGAAGAAGAACUCUCGAAGUACCGCAACCUGGGACAACAAUUAUCGUGGCCCGCGCGGACGACACUACCUGGUUUAGCCUAUGACGUCAGUGACCUGCAACAGCGGACGCCAGACUUGACGGUCGGCCAGCUGUGCAAGGCGAACACGGUGUUGAGCAUGGCCAAGGAGAUGGCGACGCGUGACGUCAAUGCGAGCUACGGGUUUGACAGGGCGUGCUUCGUGAGGACGGCGUUGGCCGAGAUAUUGUACGGCUGGGAAUCAGAGAGCGACUGGACGACAUUGAUGGGCAAGAUCCCCAGCCUGUGCGUGACGGACUGCAAGAGCUUCGUCGACCUCUGCCGUAAGGAAGGGAGCAUGCCGACGGAGAGGAGGAUCGCGUUGGACCUCGCUGAUCUUCGAGAUCGUUUGGAAGUCGGAGACGGCUUGAUAUGGACAGACACCCGCCUGAUGCUUACCGACCCCCUGACCAAGCACAUGAAGGAUCAGAGCUAUUUGGAGCAUGUCCUCAAGACGGGAUAA